AUGUUUUUAGCCGAUGAUAAAAUAUUAUUGAUGCCUAAAAUAAAACAAGAAAAUAUGGAUUACGAAAAAAUUAUUCACGAUUUAGAUUUGGCCAGUGAAAAUAUUUAUGAUGCUGUUCCCAUGAAUGGUGUAAGGAAAAGAAUGAGACUUCAUCAGUUAUCCUGGGAGGAAAAAUUACAAAGAAAAAAACUUCGUAAUAGGAUAGCUGCACAAACAUCUCGAGACAGAAAAAAAGCAAAAAUGGAUUUUUUGGAAGAAAGUUUAAAAGAGUUAAAGCAACAAAAUAAUCUCUUGGUUUCACAAGUUAAUGAAUUGAAACAAAAAAAUGAAUUAUUGAUUGAUGCCAAUCAAGAACUUCGUAAAGCUUUAGCAGAAAGUUCAUAUACCUGUUCCUGCCUUCUGAAUUCAGGAGAUGGAGAAAAAAAUGUUUCGAAGAAUUCGAAUGUUGUUGUGCAACCGGCUUUUGCUGAUAAUGUUCAUUCCUUAAGUAGACCUGAAGUGUCUCAUAAAUUCCCUCUGAAGAAGGGUCAAUGGACAAUAUUGGCACAAAAUCUUCCUUCUUUAUCUCCUAUCUCGGAAAUGUUGGAAGACAUCAAGGGACAGGAAUUCUUUGAUGACCUUGAAAGAUUGGCAGCAAGUCUGUUGGAAGAAGUUGAACAGAAUGGAUCAAGGAAAGACAGUCAGCUCAUUUCAAAUGAGAUUUCAGAGUCUGACCAUGAAAAAUGCAUCACAAAUUUUGAAAUGGUGGGGGCCUCAUCAAAAAUCCUGGAACCCAGUGAAGAUAAAUCAAAAUCGAGAACAAACAUUUUACAAUUCAGCAAUGGAAUUGAAAGUUUAACAAUUGAAGAAAAAAUUUCUUUGAUUGCUUCGGAGCAUUCUUAUGCGCAAGGAAUUGCAACAGAGCAAAAUUAUAAUUUACCAACACUAAAUUCCUCCGAUACAAAAAUUACCUUAAAUAUUCCAGAAAUAAAAAUCAAUGAAGAAGACAUGUGUACAUAUGAUUUUGAAGAAUUUUCAACAGAAAAUGUAGACUCUUGUAAAAUUCCAGAGGCAUCAUUACACCCUGAGACAAUUUUUCAAAAUUCCCUUAGUCCAAAAAGUGAUGUUUCAUCUGAUCUUGGCUAUGAAUCAAUUGGAUCACCAUAUGAAAGUGAUCUCUCAAGUAUCAGUUCGUUCAAUGAUUUAUUUGGUGAUACUCUAUCAGAUUUAUUUCCUCAAUUAAUUUAAUUUAAAUUGUUUUUAAUUCCUUGUACAUAAUAAAAAAAUUUUAUUUAU